AUGACGGCAAUGAGAAACUCCCUCGCCCACUCCUCCCCGCCCAACGGUGACGGCCCCGCGCUGACUCCGCCGCAGGAGCUCGCCGAAGUGGCGGCUUGCAGAGCGGAGCUGCGGAAUACGCCGCUGCAGCAAUGGGCGGCGGAAGCGGGGUGGAGAGAGGCCGCCGACGUGGACUACCAGGUUGCGGUGCCGCCGGAGUUGCCGAGCCCGCGCGCUCAGCUCACAUGGGAAGCUCUCAGCCCCGCUACUAGCCCUGCUAAUAGCCGCCCUACCGCCGAUAGUCCCAGUCGUACCACUAGUAACAGCGACAAUGGCGGCACCAGUUCCGUUGACGAAACCCUGAACGCUUCUGCUGACUCUGUCAGCCCUGGCAGUUCCACUGCUGCCGCUCCUUCUCCUGCUGCUGCCGCUGGUGCGGCUGUUGGUGCUGCUGCUGCCGCUCCUGCUCCUGCUUCUGCCGCUGGUGCGGCUGUUGGUGUUGCUGCUGCUCAUGGGGGUGCUGCUGCUGGUGCUGCUGCUGGUGGUGGCGGGGUUGCUGGCGCCGCCCCAGAAGACUCCGCCGCGCUGCUGUGCUCCGAGGGGUGGCAGCGGGCGGCGAUGGCGCGAGCAGCAACGAGCGCGUACGUGGGGAGGGCGGUGAAGCGGAACGUGACGUCGCUGGCGCGGAUAGAAGCCGGCGUGGAUGCUGUGUGUCGCGGGGCCACCAGGGGGCGCAGGUUCCUGGUGUUCGCCUACUCCUUGGAGCAGCUCUCCAACACGCGCUCUCAUCUCGUGGAGGCCGCCCGCUUCGCCCAAGCCACCAACCGCACGCUCGUGCUUCCCAAGGGCAGUCGCAGCCGCCUCUCACUCGCCCGUGACCUGCCCCUCUGCGACUACUUCGACCUCUCUCGCCUCGGUGCCCACUGGAUCUCGCCCGAAUUCUUCCUGCACCUCGCUAGAGCCGCUGUCAACCCUCCCUUUGCUGCUGCUGCUGCUAAAGCCAGCCCUUCCGUGGCCUUUGUGCAUCUGCAGACCUCCCAAGUAUGGCGAAUGACCUUCAAUCAAGGGCCUCUGGUGGACAUGUUGAGUGAGCUGGUGGUGUAUGGGAUGGGCCAUGCACCCUCGAGACGCAACACUGUUGAUGUCAACAUGCCAGUCAACAGCAGUGUACUUUUCCAGCAGGUGCAUCAGUGGCGGAACAGGGACGUGCUGGUGUGGGUGAAGACCACAUACGACCGAGUGGACUUCCACCUCUCCACAGACGACAUCUCCUUCAAGAUGCUUCCAUACAGCCAGACAUGGCACGCCAUGGCACAUCGAGCCAUGGCCCGCCUGCCCCCCCGGUACAUUGCGGUGCACUACCGCUCCGAGUUCAUUGCCUUCAACCUGGCGCACAAGCUAGUGGUAAGAGGCUUCAAGAUGGAGGCAGGCGUGCUGGAGGGGCUGAUGGCGGGGUGCAUGGAGGCGGCGCGCGACCUGAUCAACGGCAUGAAGCGCCGCCACAACAUCUCCGCCGUCUUCAUCGCCGCCGACGUGCCGUUUGACGGCAAGGCAGGCAGCGUGGUGCGGUCGGACUCGUGGAACGAGACCACGUGGAAGUUCCAAGGGGCGGAGAAAGAGAGGGCGCUGCAGGCCCCGCGGGAGAAGCUGCGGUGGCUGAGGGAGCAGGUGGCGGGCACAGUGAUGGUGGACGAGCUCAUGCCCUCUGUCAACCGCUACGACCCCGGUCUGUGCACUUUGGUCUG